AUGACGGGUUCUUGGGCUAUACUUUUGUUGUUAGUUGCAACUGUUCUGAGCUCAAUAUGUUUGGUUAAUGGGCUUAAUGUGGAUCAUGAGAAAACUAGGGGGAGAUUUUCUCAAGUUAAUGUCACUACUUCCAAUGCAAGGAACACAACUUUUGUGAGUGAUGUUAUGGUGAAUAUUGAAAAUGCUGGAAAAAAUAGGGGCCAGGGAGGUGGAGGAGGCGGGGGAGGAGGUGGUGGUUAUGGUGGAGGAGGGGGAGGCGGUGGUGGUGAUGGUGGAGGAGGAGGAGGAGGAGGUGGAAAGGGGAGUGGAGGAAAUGGAAAAAGUAGAGGGCAUGAAGGAAAACAUGACAAAGGAAGUGGUGGGAGAAAAGGAGCUGGUGGUGGUGGAGGUAAAGGUAAAGGUGGUGGAGGAGGAGGUGGAGGUGGAGGUGGAGGUAAAGGUGGUGGAGGAGGUGGAGGAGGAGGUAAAGGUAAAGGUGGUGGAGGGGGCGGAGGUGGAGGUGGAGGUGGAGGUGGAGGUUGGGGCUGGGGCUGGGGAGGAGGAGGUGGUGGUGGUAGCGGAGGAGGAGGUGGUGGUGGUGGUGGUGGAGGUGGAGGUGGAGGUGGAGGAGGAGGAGGGGGCAAUUGUUGGGGAUGGGGAUGUUGGGAUUAUCCUCCAAAAGGCAACUAA